GAGAGAGAGAGAGAGAGAGAGAGAGAGAGGGGAGGGUUAAAGGGGAGAGGGUGUGGGAGAGAGUGCGAAAGGCGCCUCCUUUUUCCUCGCCUCGUUCGUGUCGAAACCCUCGGAGGGGCUCUUUUUCCCGGCGGCGGAGGCGGCGGUGGCGGAGGAGGCGCGGGAGACUCGGAUCUGUGGCCCCCGAUCACCGCCCCAGAUGAGUUCCUCCCCUGGCGAUCGCCAAUCCUAGGGCUUAGGGCUCUCUAAUUGACAAUUUGGGAAUUUUGAGGCUUCUUGUAGUGUUUCUGUUCCAUUCAUUGGUGAAUCUUAAGCCAGAGGACUGAGGGCUUAGUUGAUAACAUUUUCUAUGAGCUUGGUUCCCUUCUAAAUUUGGCAUUUUUUUGUUGACAAAAGUGGUUCUAAAAAUGGCGGGAGAAACAUCGAAGAAUGAACAGGGUUUGGAGGAGGAGACUACAAUGCGGAUGCUGUUUGGGGAAGAAUUUAUGGGCAUGGCCGACGAUCGAUUUGAGGGAUCAAAGGCGGAGCAUGAUAUAUUUAUGGAUGUCUUUAAUGGAAAUGGCCCUGAUGGUGGAAGCAAUUGUAAUGAUGUUUCGAGGACCAUGAACUCUGGCUCGAUUCCCUCGAGCCACUCUUCUAUGGAAGAUCCAUUUUGUGAAUCUUCUGAACCCGCAAAGAUGAGUUCCGGAGAACAAAGCGGAUCGAAAUUACUUCUGGAGAGCUCUCCUUGUUUCAGAUUGGAUGCUCAAAAUGGAAAGGAGAAUAAGAUGGAAGUAUCACCGGUUAGUCAAUUAAAUUACCGGAAUAGGGAGAAUGGCAAUUGCAUGCUUGGUACUAACGAUUCCUUAGUUGAGUUAAAUGCAUCAAAGGUUGCUACAAAUGCUCUCAUGCAAGAUGCUUUCGAUGCUCAUCAAUUUACGGUCGAGGCCUACUCACAGGGCAUUUUAUCGAUUUACCAUCUAUCAAAUGAACAACUAGAAAUAGAUGGUAAAACGGAUUAUGAUGAUAAAGUGGCCUUAGAUUGUAAUAUUACAAGACAAGACACAGGAUAUGGUGGGAAAGUUGGUGAAACUAAUUCUUGUAUGUUAGAAAAUAGCUUUGCUGCUCUGCAAUUGCCUUCUUCCCCUCUAGAAACCCCCUUGGCCAUUACAAGCAUGGAGCAAAGUGUGAAAGGAUUUAGUAUAAGGAGCAUUGAUUCAAUUAAUGGUGCUUCAAUGAAGUCCAUUAAUAGGGACCUUCCUGAACUUCUACGUAAUUAUGCACAGGAGCUUCUUAAGGAUUCAGGUUGGAGGAUUGAUCCUCGUGUGCGGAGCGACAGGGCUAAACUGGCUUCAUAUUUCACGGCACCUGAGAGAGCGUUUGUUGUUACUUCUCUCUCCCAUGCUUGGAAAUCAUGUGGGCAUAUAUUAUAUCAGAGCUCUCCAAAUUCUGAGAGAGAUGACAUGGGGAGAGUUUGGAAAGAUAUACAUACAUUUUGGGGUGAUCUUAUGGAUACAAUUGCUUACAUCGAGAAGAAGAUUAAAGAGCCUGAAAAUUUUCUCUCUCUGUGGGACAGAUGGCAACUUCUUGAUCCUUUCAUGGCCGUGGUGUGCAUUAAUAAGAAAGUUGGUGUUCUUCGAGCAGGGAAGACUCUUAGAGCUGUUAAUAGUGACACUUUUGUUCUCAGCGAGAAAAGCAACAUGAUAUUGGGUGGUAAGAAUAGUGAGGAUAGAGUUGAUGAUUCUCUGAUUUCAACUAUUCUACCAACCCAAGAGCUCAAGUCUGAGCCUGGUAAAGAAGAAGGUUUACAACAUUUGCAUGAUUCAAAGAAGAAGCGCCAAUGUAGGCAUAUAAAAAAGAAACUUUGUUACUGUGGAGAGAAGCAUUCAGAACUGACAAAACAAGAAACUUCUGUGCAUGAACUCUGUAUCCAAGCAUCUGAUCGAGAAUCAAACCAUGCUCAAUUAUCAGUUUGUAGUAUAUCUUGUGCUAUUCAACAAAGUGGGCGGAAGCCCUUCUAUUUUAAUGAGAAAGUGGGUCUUCUUCAUAAUAAAGCUUCCCUGGAUGACUUUCAUGUGGAUGGACUUGGGCAAGAAGGUGCUUCUGCUUGUCUCAGGGAUGAUGGGUUCAGAGAAGAUCUUCUUGCUAAUGAGACUACUGCUAAUGCCCUAAUAGGAUUUGAUGAGACCCUCAGAUUGAAAUCUUCAAUUUAUGAGGAAAAUUUUAGCAAAGGGGUUCUUGUUUCUGACAUAGAUAGUAAUGUUACAGCUGACGACGAGAGAGGUAUAUUUUUUGAAGAGAAGUUGGCGAAUAGUUCUGUCAAAAGGGCACGUAAGAAGUCUAAGAAGAUAUCAGAAAUUGAAGCAACUGGAUUAAAUGGGGUAUGUGGUGGAAACUGCAUUCAAAUAUCUGGUAAUUAUACGGACAUGAAUAUUGAUGAUCCUCUUGGACUCACUUGCAAUUCCAAUAUUGUAACAUCCGAAUCAACUUUUAAAGCUGUGAAGAAACCAAAGCUUCUGGAAAAUCACCAUGCCCUUGAAUGCGACACAAAUGGGUCAAAUGCGAAAAGAUUAAAGUCUAUCAGCAAAUUCCAUCCAAAUGCGCCAUUUUUGUUGAAGGACCAGUUUAAAGAUGCUGCUUCUGAAGAGUCGCUGGUUGUUUCAGAUGACAGCUGUAUUCCGACAGAAGAACAAAGCAGCAGAAAGGUGACCAAGACAAAGAAAUCUAAGAAUUGGAAGGAAAACGGACGGAAAAGGCCGCGCGGGUUGCAUAUCUAUGAUGACGACCUUUUGAUUACUGCCAUUAUAAAAAACAAAGAUUUUACCUCCUGUAGCAAAUUUACUUCGAAUUCAGGGUAUUCUGAACUGAAAACAUUUAGAAAGCUUAAAACCAAGAAAAAGAAAGGCUGUCAGUUGCUCUUGCGAACCCCUGGAAAAGGUGGCAAAAACUCCUUGGAUGGAAAAAGGUUAAUUUUAGGAAGGAAAACUGUAUUGUGUUGGUUGAUUGCGAGGGGGGUCAUAUCUUUAAAAGAUGUUGUUCAGUACCGGGAUCUGAAGAACAAUGAGGUGGUCAAGGAUGGAUGGGUUACUGUUAAUGGGGUUCUUUGUAACUGCUGCACCAAGGUCUUAUCUGUGUCUGAAUUUAAAGCUCACGCAGAUGCUAAGAUGCAAAAGUCCUCCUUGAAUCUCUUUUUGCAGUCUGGUAAAUCUUACACUCUGUGCCAACUUGAGGCUUGGUCGGCUGAAUACAGGGCUAGGAAAAGCAAUACACAAAUUGCGGAAAUUGAGGGGUUGGAUGAUCAAAAUGAUGAUACUUGUGGGCUUUGUGGUGAUGGUGGUGAGUUAAUAUGCUGUGAUAGUUGCCCAUCCACUUACCACCAGGAUUGCUUGCUUUCACAGGAGCUUCCAGAAGGUAAUUGGUAUUGCCACAAUUGUAUAUGUCGGAGUUGUGGAGUUCCUGUUUACGGAGAAGAGGCAUCGACUUCCUCGACCAUUUUAAAAUGUUCACAGUGUGAACAAAAAUACCAUGAGACUUGCCAUAAGGACCACAUCACAUGUGAUGGGGAUGUGGGAUCUGAUACAUGGUUCUGUGGGAGAAAUUGUCUAGAGGUUUAUCUAGGUCUACGUUCGCAUGUUGGAGUAGUUAACUGUCUUGACGAUGGAUAUUCAUGGACUAUUCUGAGGUGCAAUCAUGAUGAGCCAAAAGUUAAGUCUGCACAAAAGAUAACACUAAUGGCAGAAUGCAACACGAAGCUAGCGAUAGCCCUGAAUAUUAUGGAGGAAUGCUUUGCGAGAAUGGUGGAUCCAAGAACUGGCAUUGACAUGAUACCACAUGUGCUGUACAACUGGGGAUCUAGUUUUGCUCGCUUAAAUUAUCAAGGAUUUUACACACUAAUCUUAGAGAAGAGUGAUGAAGUCGUUUCAGUGGCAUCCAUCAGGGUUCAUGGCAACACAGUUGCUGAGCUGCCAUUCAUUGCAACUUGCAGUGAGUAUCGUCGCCAAGGGAUGUGUAGACGAUUAAUGGAUGCCAUAGAAAAGAUGCUGAGAUCAUUCAGUGUCAAGAUGUUGGUUUUGUCGGCAAUUCCAGAUUCAGUUAACACAUGGACAUCGGGUUUCGGGUUUAAACCUAUGGGUAAUGAUGAAAAGAAACAAUUAAGUAACAUGAACUUGAUGUCCUUUCCCGGAUCUUCAUUGUUGAUGAAGAGAUUGGAUGAAACCAAAGCUGAAGAAUCAGGGAUGAGAAAGGACCUUUCUGUUAGAGAAGAUGACUUACAUGUAGGAGGAGAUCAUUCCCAAAAUCUUGGGAACUCUUAUGAAAAUCAGAAUACUGAAUUUUUGUUGUCAAUGAACAUGACAUCUGUGGAACUGGUUGAUAGUCAACUGGAAAAUGGUCAGCUAUUUUCUCAUGGAAGCGAUAUUUCACCCAAGGAUACCUCGAAUCUAGAUGAGUUCGGAUUCUGUCCAAUACAGCAGAUCAUCGAGAUUCAGAAGGUUGUGGAAGAUAAUCCAUCUCAAAUUGACCAAAUACUUUCCAAUACCAGUGCUCAAAAUGCUGGAGAAAAGGAUGAAAGCUCUUUUGAUCCAUCUGGGGGCCUUAAUUCUGAGGGUGCUGAAUCUGACAUUAGAGCUUUUUCAGAUGCUUCUGAACAACAAGGUGAUAAGUGCUUCGCUGACAAAGAGUCAGAAAAGAUCAAUGAGCAGGAGAUUCCUUUGGAUGGAUCAUCUGAUACUUUCAAAGAUGAAUUAUGUGGUUCUGCGGGAUGGUGCCAUGCUGCAAAGGUCGGCUCCACAGGCAAUACUGAAGCUUAAAAUUUUAUUUAAUCACAUAUAUCCUGAGGAAGAGCCACCAUUCUUUCUCAAAAGUGUGCAAGAUUGGUGCAUGUUGAUUAAUUGAGAGUCACAGUUACCAUUCUGUUUAUUUAUUCAAAUGCAAAACAGAGAACCUUUGUGGUAUUAGUAUGAAUGCUUUACCAGAAAACUCCGAAGAAUGCGAAACAUAUUUCGGAAGACAAGCUUUUGUUUUGCAAAAUGGUAGCCAACUGUUCUCAAUGGUUAACCUUUUGAUCCAUUCAUCUCUGAAUUUCAAUUCUUCUUUACAAAUGUGGGUAUAUUUAUUGUGAGGAGGAUUUAGUCCAAUGAUGGAUCUUAUAACAUACAAGAUUUCAGCUGUUGUAUUUCUUCACUUGUUGAAAUUCAUUUGGAAGUGAAAAUAGUCAUCGGGAAGAUCUAUGACGUGAUAUUGCGAAGUAAUUACUGAGCCAGCUGUCAGACGAGUUCAACAGCAUUUGACUUCUCAUAUGGAAAUUGAGAAGUUGCUUCUCAAUUUUUUCCUUCGGUUCUUUGGGAAAUGUACCGAAUGUGGACCGAGGAUUUUUCAUAUGAUAUCAAGUGGAUGAGAAAUGGUGUUAGGCUUCUACCAAAAGCCAGAUUGACAAAAUCAGAAAAUUGAAUCUAGCCGAAUUUUGCCUUGGGGGCCUUCCCUUUCUGGUGCUUAUCAUUAAUGCCUUUCUAGAGCAGUUUUGAUUGGUUGCAUCAAGAGUCUAUUGGAAAAUUGAGUUAAGAGUUAUUUAAAGAGGUCCAAAACAAGGACUAUUUCAGCUUUCGAAUAAGCAUAAGGCAAACUAGCUAAAAGCAUUUGAAUCAAUCAUCAACAAUCGUGUAGGGGUUAGUGAAAUUAGGAGCUGCGGUAAGACGCUUGAAGAGGUUCUGACCAUUUUGUAAGAAGAUAAUCAAUCAGGAAGGCGACAUUUGAGAAGAUAUUUGUCCAGUUCUACUAACAGACUAAAUGGAGACUUCAUCGUGAGAAUUUUAGCUUUGUUGUACCAUAAUGUUGUACACAUCCGCCUCUCGCUAGCUGUACUGAUGAGGUCAUCUUUCUGUAAUUAUCCAUUAAUGAGGUAACUUGCCAGAAUUUCAAUUAAAUGCCUUUUCUUUU